ACGCGACGCUGCGGAGCUGCUGCUUUGCAUAGCGCCGCUAUAAAAGCGGCUCCCGCGGUCUGCUGCUUCACAUCGCUCCCCGCGAGUGUUCUAGCUGGGUGUUGUUUGUGAGUGCUUGUUUGGUGUUCAGUAUGCCUGAGCCGGCCAAGUCUGCGCCUGCCCCCAAGAAGGGCUCCAAAAAGGCGGUCACCAAGACCCAGAAGAAGGGCGACAAGAAGCGCAAGAAGAGCCGCAAGGAGAGCUACUCGAUCUACGUGUACAAGGUGCUGAAGCAGGUGCACCCCGACACGGGCAUCUCGUCCAAGGCCAUGGGCAUCAUGAACUCGUUCGUCAACGACAUCUUCGAGCGCAUCGCCGGCGAGGCGUCGCGCCUGGCGCACUACAACAAGCGCUCGACCAUCACGUCGCGGGAGAUCCAGACGGCCGUGCGGCUGCUGCUGCCCGGCGAGCUGGCCAAGCACGCGGUGUCGGAGGGCACCAAGGCAGUCACCAAGUACACCAGCUCCAAGUAGAGUGGUCCUGAUUCUUACUUUGAACCC